GAACCUUGGCUAGUUCCACCAAGAGAAAACUGGGAGGACCUUUUACUCAAGGAGCCAUCAAUUAUUCCUGGUUGCUCAACUGUUUUUUGUGUGCGCGAGUGCCUGUGUAUUUGCGUUCUGAACAAAAGGAUGCGUUCGCAAAGGAAACCAUAUUAACGGCGAUUUAUAGAAUGACGGCUUGUACCAAUGUAAUUGGUUUUGGGGUGUGAAGAUUUUGGGAUCGAAUCCCACAGAAGGCAUUACUGUUAGAAUUGCAUCGGUCAUUGCUGUUCACUAAGUACGACGGAAAACAAUGCGAAACACUUCUUGCUGCGCGUAACAUCACCUUCGCAUUUGAGGAAAGUCUACACAGACGCCCAAAUAGUUCAUGAAGGUGACUGUGGAAAUACCAAACGACUGUGAAUCAAGAUGCUACCACGAUACAAACCGAGUCCCAGCUCCACCAUGUCCUUGGCGUUUUGUGGCAACGAAAACAACUCGGCUGCCUACAAUGUGGACCGUGGGGUGCUCAACAACGGCUGCUUCCUGGAUGCACUCACUGUUGUGCCACACGUGUUUCUGCUCUUCAUCACCUUCCCCAUCCUCUUCAUCGGGUGGGGCAGCCAGAGCUCUAAGGUUCACAUCCACCACAGCACCUGGUUGCACUUCCCUGGACACAACCUGCGCUGGAUUCUGACCUUCGUCCUCCUCUUCGUCUUGGUGUGCGAGAUUGCCGAGGGCAUUGUUUCAGACGGGUUCACCCAGUCCCUACACUUGCAUCUCUACAUGCCUGCGGCCCUGGCCUUCAUGGCAGCUAUCACCUCCAUUGUCUACUACCACAACAUUGAGACCUCCAAUUUCCCCAAGCUCCUGCUGGCCCUACUCAUCUACUGGGUCCUAGCCUUCGUUACAAAAACCAUCAAGUUUGCCAAGUACAAUGAGCAUGGUGUGGGACUGGGACAGCUGCGCUUCUGUAUCACCGGGCUGCUGGUCCUGCUGUAUGGCCUGCUGCUGGCUGUGGAGGUCAACGUCAUCCUGGGCAGGCGCUAUGUGUGUUUCCAACACCCCACAGAGGUGAAGCCUCCUGAAGAUCUGCAGGACCUGGGCGUGCGCUUCUUGCAGCCCUUUGUCAACCUGCUCUCCAAAGGCACCUACUGGUGGAUGAACACCUUCAUCACCUCUGCCCACAGACGGCCCAUUGACCUCAAGGUCAUCGGCAAACUGCCCAUUGCUAUGCGCGCCCUCACCAACUAUCUGCGGCUGCGCAGGGCCUUUGAAGCACAGAAGAAAAAGGGCUCGACCCAGCCACAGGGGCCCAAGUGGAUCUGGCGGGCCCUGCGCCACGCCUUUGGCCGGCCGCUCAUCCUCAGCAUCACCUUCCGCUUUAUGGCCGACCUGCUGGGCUUUGCGGGGCCACUCUGCAUCUCCGGGAUAGUCCACCACAUCAGCAAGGAGAACCGGACCAUCCAGCCUCCGGUAAAGCUCCUGGGCAUCUACUUCAUCUCCUCCCAGGAGUUCCUGGCCAAUGCAUAUGUCCUGGCUGUCCUGCUCUUCUUCGCCCUGCUCCUGCAGCGGACCUUCCUCCAGGCCUCCUACUACGUGGCCAUUGAGACGGGGAUUAACUUGAGAGGGGCCAUCCAGACAAAAAUCUACAAUAAGAUCAUGCGACUGUGCACCUCCAACUUGUCCAUGGGGGAGAUGACUGUGGGACAGAUCUGCAACCUGGUGGCCAUAGACACCAACCAGCUUAUGUGGUUCUUCUUCCUGUGCCCAAACCUGUGGGCCAUGCCAUUUCAAAUCAUCAUUGGAGUGAUCCUGCUCUACUACCUCCUGGGAAUAAGUGCCUUGAUUGGAGCCACCGUCAUUGCAGUCCUGGCCCCUGUGCAGUACUUCGUGGCCACCAAACUCUCCCAAGCACAGAAAAGCACUUUAGAGUACUCAAGUGAACGCCUGAAGAAGACCAAUGAGCUGCUCCGGGGGAUCAAGCUUUUGAAGCUGUACGCCUGGGAGCAUAUCUUCUGCGACAGCAUAGAGGAGACUCGCCAGAAGGAGCUGACAAGCCUGCGGGCCUUUGCCCUCUACACCUCUAUCUCCAUCUUCAUGAAUGCAGCCAUUCCCAUUGCCGCCGUUCUUACUACCUUCGUGGUCCAUGUGAACCUGUCCGAGGACGCUGACCUGUCCCCGGCUGUGGCCUUCGCCUCCCUCUCCCUCUUCCACAUCCUGGUCACCCCCCUCUUCCUGCUCUCCAGCGUGGUACGCUCCACUGUCAAAGCCCUGGUCAGUGUGCAGAAGCUGAGUGAAUUCUUCUCUAGUGAAGAGAUAGGUGAAGAACAGGACCUCAGACCAUCUGCUUCCACAAGCUCCAGCAACCACAACAAGUACCAGGCAGUUCCGUUGAAGGUGGUGAACCGCAAACAUCCAGCAAGGGAGGACUGGAACAACUACGGGUCUCAGAGAGAUCGGGAGGGUGAUGCCCCCACAGCCCAGGAGGAGGAUGUCUGCAUCAAGAUAACAAGUGGAUAUUUCACCUGGACAGAUGGACCCCCCACAUUGUCGAAUGUGGACAUAAAGAUUCCUUUUGGUCAGCUCACCAUGAUCGUGGGCCAGGUGGGUUGUGGGAAGUCUUCACUACUGUUGGCAGCCCUAGGAGAAAUGCAAAAGAUCUCUGGCAGUGUUACCUGGUACAGCCUGCCAAACCAAGAUUCAGAGGGCGAUGAAAGCCCCACAGAAAAGGACACAGCAGGAGAAGGAGACAUUGGGAAGAGAGGCUCUGUGGCUUAUGCAUCCCAGAAGCCUUGGCUCCUGAAUGCCACUGUUGUUGAAAACAUCAUCUUUGAGAUGCCCUUGAACAAGCAGAGGUAUAAGGCAGUCAUUGAAGCCUGCUCCCUGCAGCCUGACAUUGAUAUCCUACCCCAGGGGGACCAGACAGAAAUAGGAGAGCGGGGGAUCAUUCUUUCGGGGGGCCAGCGACAGCGCAUUGGUGUGGCCCGGGCCCUCUACCAGCAGACCAAUGUGGUGUUUCUGGAUGACCCCUUUUCAGCGCUGGACAUUCACCUGAGCGACCACCUGAUGCAGGAGGGUAUCCUGAAGCUCCUGAGGGAGGAGAAGCGGACGGUGGUGCUAGUCACUCACAAGCUGCAGUACCUCCUCCAUGCAGACUGGAUAAUAGCCAUGAAGGAUGGGACCAUUCAGACGGAGGGAACCCUGAAGGACAUCCAGAAUGCAGAGCCUGAGCUGUUUGAGCACUGGAAAACACUGAUGCACCGCCAGGACCAGGAAUUCAAGAAGGAGACGGUGGCAGAGAGUACAACCAUACUGGAGAGGAAGAACCUUCGCAGGGCCAUGUACUCACGGGAAGCCCUGAGGACUGAGGAAGAGGAUGAAGCACCUGAUGUUGCUUUUAGUGCUGAUACAGAGGAGUCCUUGGAGAGUGAUGAAGAGGACAACAUGUCACUGGUCCUACGUCACAGGGCCACCAUCCCCUGGAGGUCCUGUGGCACCUACCUGAGCUCGGCCGGUCUGCUGCUGCUGCCCCUACUGCUGCUCUCCCAGCUCUUCAAGCACUCCUUAAUGGUGGCCAUUGACUACUGGCUGGCCCACUGGACUUCCCACGUCAUCUCCACCAAGAUCGACACUGCUGGACACAAUUGUACCCUAGGGCAGGACUGUGGCUUCAGUCACUCCUCCUACCUUCUGGUGUUCAGUGUGCUCUGCUGCCUGGGCAUUGUCCUGUGCCUCGUCACCUCUGUGGCCGUGGAGUGCACGGGGCUCCGAGUGGCUAAGGAGCUGCACCACGCCCUGCUCAGCAAGAUCAUCCUGGCUCCCAUGAGGCUUUUUGAGACAACUCCCCUGGGUAGCAUUCUGAACAGAUUCUCUGCUGACACCAACACCAUUGACCAGCACAUUCCAGCCACCCUGGAGUGCCUGAGUCGCUCCACCCUGCUCUGCGUGUCUGCUCUGGGCGUCAUAUCCUACGUCACACCUGUCUUCCUCAUCGCCCUAGCCCCCCUUGCUAUCGUCUGCUACUUCAUCCAGAAGUACUUCAGGGUGGCCUCCAGAGACCUCCAGCAGCUGGACGACAGCACCCAACUCCCGCUGCUCACACACUUCUCUGAGACUGUGGAGGGCCUGACCACCAUCCGUGCCUUCAGGUACGAGGCCAGGUUCAGACAGAGGCUGCUGGAGUACACAGAUGCCAACAACAUUGCCUCCCUUUUCCUCACUGCUGCCAACCGCUGGCUGGAGGUCCGCAUGGAAUACAUAGGCGCCUGUGUGGUCCUGAUUGCAGCAGUGGCCUCCAUCACCAACUCCCUUUAUAACCAGCUGUCCACAGGCCUGGUUGGGCUGGGUCUGACCUAUGCUCUCAUGGUGUCCAACUACCUGAACUGGAUGGUGCGCAACCUGGCAGACAUGGAGGUGCAACUGGGCUCUGUAAAGAGGAUUAACGGGCUGCUGAAGACAGAACCAGAGAAUUACGAGGGUUUGCUAUCUGCGUCCCAGGUCCCGGCGACCUGGCCGCAACAGGGAGAGAUCCAGAUCCAGAAUCUGAGUGUGCGCUACGACAGCACCCUGAAGCCAGUCCUGAAGCAUGUCAAUGCCCACAUCAACCCCGGCCAGAAGGUUGGGAUCUGUGGCAGGACAGGAAGUGGAAAAUCUUCCUUCUCUUUGGCCUUCUUCCGAAUGGUGGACACAUUUGAGGGCCGCAUCAUCAUAGACGGCAUUGACAUUGCAAAACUGCCCCUCCAGACUCUUCGGUCCCGAUUUUCCAUAAUUCUGCAGGAUCCCAUCUUAUUCAGCGGGACGAUCCGGUUCAAUCUGGAUCCGGAGAGGAAGGCUACAGACAGCAUGCUGUGGGAGGCCCUGGAGAUUGCACAGCUCAAGCCUGUAGUUAAGGCCCUGCCUGGGGGGCUUGAUGCCAUGGUGACAGAGGGAGGGGAGAACUUCAGCCAGGGGCAGCGUCAGCUGUUCUGCCUGGCCCGGGCGUUUGUGCGGAAAAGCAGCAUUCUCAUCAUGGAUGAGGCUACCGCUUCCAUUGACAUGGCAACGGAAAGCAUUCUACAGAAAGUUGUGAUGACAGCUUUCGCUGAUCGAACUGUGGUCACCAUAGCACACCGUGUGCACACGAUUCUGAAUGCUGAUGUGGUUAUAGUGAUGAAGCGCGGGAUCAUUUUGGAGUAUGACAAGCCCGACGUGCUCCUGGAUCGCGAGGACAGUGUCUUCGCUUCUUUCGUCCGAGCGGACAAGUGACAGCUAGUGGCGGGCCUUUGAAAAGUGCAAUUGUA